AUGGCAAUGGCCGAAACUAAAAAAUCUAAACUGAGAGUUCUCAUGUCCCCAUUCCUGGGAUAUGGUCACAUCAUGCCAUUUGUUGAGCUAGCCAAGAAACUCUCCCAAACCAAUGACUUCUGCUCUUACAUUUGCUCCACUCCAGCUAAUCUCAACUCCAUCAGAACCAAGCUUUCGACAUCUGAUCUCUCCUCCUCGAUACAACUAGUUGAUCUCCACUUGCAAUCUUCACCAGAACUCCCUCCUCAUUACCACACUACCAAUGGCCUCCCUGAACAUCUCCACGUCAAUCUCUAUAAAGCAUUCAAAAUGUCCCAACCAGAUUUCUUUGAAAUUAUGAAAAACACGAAACCUCAUCUCGUGUUAUACGAUGCUUUCCAGCCUUGGGUUCCUGACAUGGCAUCUUCUCUAGGAAUUCCUGGAGUUUAUUUCCAUAUUUCUAGUGCAGUUUCCACCGCAUUCUUUUAUUCUUUUGUCAAGAUAUGUAUACGCUGUGAAGAGCCUUUCCCUUUCCCUGCUAUUUUUCUCCGUCCCGGAGAGAUUAAGAGGAUGCUGGCAACCACUCCAGUUGAUCCAACUGUUCUUGAUCCUGUUGGUCCUUGUCUUGAUAAGUCGAAAGACUACAUUCUCACAAAAACUUGUAAUGACAUUGAAGACAAGUAUCUGGAUUAUUUGUCUAAGUUAACAAACAAAAAAGUCAUCCCCGUGGGACUACUAAAUGAUCAGAGGAAACAACAGAGUGAUGAUUCUUGUGCGGAAAUGAUCAAUUGGCUGGAUAGUAAAGAAAAUGCCUCCACUGUUUAUAUCUCAUUUGGUAGCGAGACUUUUCUGUCUAACAAAGACAUAACCGAGCUAGCUUCCGGGCUUGAGAUGAGCGGUACCAAUUUCUUAUGGUUCAUUCGGUUUCCAAGCGAUGAUGGGAAGAAAAUUGAAGAGGUUUUGGCACAAGGGUUUAUUGACAGGGUGAAAGGAAGAGGGAUGAUAUUACAAGGCUGGUCCCCGCAACAAAAAAUACUAGGACAUGCAAGUGUAGGAGUGUUUUUAGGCCACUCCGGAUGGAGUUCUGUCAUAGAGAGUUUGAGUUUCGGGGUUCCAAUUAUCGGCCUCCCGAUGAAAUCUGAUCAGCCAUUGAUUGCUAGGCUACUGGUGGAGCAUGGUGUUGCUUUGGAAGUUGAGAGAGAUAACCAGAGUCUUGAUUUUACUAGGGAAGAGGUUGCUAAGGUAAUAAAAGAGGUGAUGCAGAGUGGAAGUAGCGUGAGAAUGAAGGCUAAAAAACUGAGUGAGAAGAUAAAGAUUAAUGAAGAUCAGGUACUUGCUGCCGCUGUGGAGAAACUAAAAAACAUCUGCACCGGAAAUAUGAAAUAAUAAUGAAGAUGUAUUUUAUUAGGAAAGCAUUGUUGGAGGGAAUCACUUAGGGCUGUGCAUUCGGUAAAAACCGAACCGAACCGAAUAUUAAUUCGGUUAACCGAAACCGAAUUUCUGAAAAUAUGCCUACCGAAAACCGAACCGAAAAAAGUUCGGUUUUGAAACCGAACCGAAAAAAUAUUUCGGUUUUUCCCGAAAACCGAAGUGUAAAAACCGAAAAUUUGAAUAAAGAUGUUGGCUGUAGCUCUGUAA